GCCCUGAUGGCUCAUUGAAGGAAGCUAGAAAGAGAAGAGCAGAGGGAACCCAAAGUGGCCCACUGAAGAGACGACAGCGCCCAGAGAGGAGGCCGAGGCCCACACUGCGACAGUCUGUGUACUCCCGUCCAGUCGCUUCUCCCCACCCGCAGGACCUCAGCAAUGGCAAUGGCAAUGGCACUGGCGAUCCUGCGGGACUGGUGCAAGUGGAGAGGCAUGAACGCACAGCGCUCCCUGCUCAUCCUGGGCAUCCCGGACGACUGCGAGGACCAGGAAUUCCAGGAGGCCGUGCAGGCUGCCCUGUGGCCCCUGGGCAGGUACCGAGUGCUGGGCCAGGUCUUCAGAAAGGAGCUGGGGACCAGCGUGGCCCUGGUGGAGUUUGCUGAGUAUUUAAAUCGAAGUUUGAUCCCCCAACAAAUACCGGGCAAGGGGGGACCCUGGGAUGUGGUCUUCCUGCCCCAGGCCCCUGAUUCUGAGUCACAAGAUAGACUCAAUGUCCCUGCACAGCCCCAGAGGCAAGCAGUGCCUGGCAGGGCAGGUGACGCAGCAGCUGCAGAUGUGGCAGGAGCUCCAGGUGAGGAAGGAGCUGCCGGUGAGGAAGGAGCUCCAUGUGAGGCAGGAUCUGCAGGUGAGACAGGAUGUGAAGGUGAGGAGGGAGCUGCAGGUGAGGAGGGGGAUGCUGGUGAGGCAGGAUCUGCAGGUGAGACAGGAUGUGAAGGUGAGGAAGGAACUGCAGAUGAGGAGGGAGCGGCAGGUGAGGAGGGAGCCCCACGUGAGGCAGGAGCCCCAGGUGAGGAAGGAGCCCCAGGUGAGGUGGGAGCCUCACGUGAGGCAGGAGGCGCCGGUGAGGAGAGAGCUCCAGGUGAGGAGGGAGCCCCAGGUGAGGUGGGAGCCUCCGGUGAGGAGGGAGCUACAGGUGAGGUAGGAGCCGCAGGUGAGGAAGAAGGUGCAGGUGAGGAGGGAGCUGCAGGUGAGGCAGGAGCAACAGCUGAGGCUGGAGCUGCAGGUGAGGAGGGAGCUACAGUUGAGGCUGGAGCUGCAGGUGAACAGGGAGCUGCAGGUGAGGAAGAGGCUGCAGAUACAGCAGGAGCUGCAGGUAUGUCAAAAUCCCGAGGCUGGACCCAGCAAUGGCGGGAGACCUUGCAGCCUCUGCUCGACAGCAUGGCCUACCAGGAACUGAGACCCUUUUCUGGGUCGGAAGAGCCACGCUGUGGAGAAGAUUCUUUUGAGAGCUGGCUGGACCAUACCAACGACAUGCUGUACCUGUGGCGCCACAUAUCGGAACCGGAGAGGAGGAGGAGGCUGGUGGAGAGCUUGGGUGGCCCCGCGCUGGAUUUCAUGUGCAGCCUCCUGGAAGAAAAUCCCGACAUCCCUGCACAGGACUGCCUGGCCGCACUGGUGCAAGCAUUUGGUAACAAGGACGCCCGGAUGACCGCACGGCUGAAGUUCCUGACUUGUGCCCAGAGGCCCCAGGAGACUCUCUUUAACUACGUGAUGCGCCUGGAGGGCCUGCUGCAGGCGGCCAUGGUGAAGGGGGCCAUCCAGGCCACCAUCGCAGACCAGCUGCGUGCCAGGCAGGUGCUGAUGCGGGCCCGCCCCAACGAGACGCUCCAGAACAAGCUGAGGAGGAUGCGCCUGGAGAGGAGACCGCCUGGCUUCCUGGGGAUGCUGCAGCUCAUUCGGGAGACUGAGGCAUGGGAGGCCGCCCCAGGUAUAAGUGAGCAGUUCCAAGUGGAAGAAGGGGCCCAUGUGGACAUUGGAGACCUAGUCGUCUCCCAGGCUGCACCAGCCUGUGAAUAUGUUGCCGCGGUCUCCUCAGCCAGUGAAGAUGCUGUCCGGGCUUCCCCGGCCCGCGAAGGUGCUGCCCGGGCUGCCCCACCCAGUCAAGGUGCUGCCUGGGCCACCCGCGAAGAUGCUGGCCAGGCUGCCCCAGUCAGUGAAGGUGCUGCCGAGGUCUCCCCAGGCCGGGAAGAUUCUGCCCAGGGUGCCCCAGCCACUGAAGAUGCUGUCCAGGGUGCCCUAGCCAGUGAAGAUGCUGCCCAGCGUGGCUCAGCCAACGAGGUCAUCACCGAGUGCACCCCUGCCACUGCAGAAGAAGCCAAGGCCUCCUCAGGUAACAAAGAUACCGCCGAAGCUGCCCUUUCCAAGGAAGACACUGCAGAGGCCGUCCCGGCCAAUGAAGAGGCCGAUGAGGCAUUUCCUGGUACAGUCCACCCUGGACAGGCUGCUUCUGACACCCGUGAUGCUGCCAAGGCAGCCCCUGACCGUGAGGAGACCACCAAGGCCUCCCCUGCCAUUCAGGAUGAUGAAAAUGCUCCCGCCCCUGCCAGCCUAGGUCAGGUGGGACCCUCAGAGGCCCCCAGGGGCCCCAACCCGGCCCAGAUGGGCUGUGCUUCUGGGGCAGGCCCAGGAGGUCCUGGCAUUGAGCCAGAGGGCAUUGCCCCGGCAGGAGACCAGGAGACCGAGGAGGCCCCCGAGGAGGAGUUCAAGCCCAUCCAGGAGGAGCCAGGAAACAAGGAUGGGGCUGGGGAGAUGAGCCCCCCCAAGUCCUCCUUGGGCUAA